AUGGCUGAGUUUGGGGACCUUUUAAAGGCUCUGGGGGAGUUUGGGCUCUAUCAGAAACUGCUGAUCCUGCUCCUCUCCCUCCCACUCCUUCUCAACCCUUUCCAAAUGGUUGGCCAAGUGUUCAUGGUGGUGGAAGUGCCUCACCACUGUGACACCAGCUGGAUCCUUGCCGUGGGCCCCAACCUGACAGAGGAAGAGCAGCUGAACCUCACCCUGCCCCGGGGCCCCGACGGGCACUUUGAGCAGUGCUCCAUGUUCUCCCCGGUGGACUGGGACCUGGAUUCCAUCCUGGCCUAUGGGCUGAACCACACUGAGAAGUGCAGCAGUGGCUGGGUGUACCCCUCCGAGCAGCCACCGUCCCUGCUGACCGAGUUUGACCUGGUGUGUGACAGGGCGGUCCUGAAUGAUGUCUCCCAGUCCAUCUACAUGGCUGGCCUUCUCAUUGGAGCCAUGGUCUUUGGGAUGCUGAGUGACAGGAUAGGCAGGCGGCCAGUCUUUCUCAUCUGCAUCCUCCUGCAGGCCGUCUUUGGCCUGGCAACUGCCUUUGUGCCCCACUUCUAUGUGUUCAUGGCCUUCAGGUGUGUCGUGGGAGCUGCUGUGUCAGGAAUUAUGAUUGUAGUCGUGUCCCUGGCUAGAGAAUGGGUUGGUGUCUCCCACCGCACAAAGGCGCUGCUCAUCACGCACACAGCUUUUGCCAUUGGGCAGAUGUCAGUGGCUGGUUUGAGUUAUGGGAUUCGCCAUUGGAGGCUGCUGGAGAUUGCAGGAUCUGCUCCUAUGUUUGCCCUUUUCUUCUAUAUUUGGGUGCUCCCAGAGUCAGCUCGCUGGCUGGUGACCAAGGGCAGAAUCGAGGAAGCCAAGAAGGUGCUGCAGAAGGCGGCGGCCACCAACAAGCGCAGCCUCCCACCAGAGCUCCUGGAGCAGUUGAAGCCUGAGAAAGAGGUCAAGUCUGGAAGUUUCCUGGAUCUCUUCAGGACAAAGAACCUGCUGAAGGUGACUUUAAUCAUGGCGUCUGUCUGGUUUGCAGACAGCAUUGUGUACUAUGGGCUGAGCCUCAGCGUGACAGAUUUUGGCCUGGACAUCUACCUGACACAGCUGGCCUUUGGGGCAGUGGAACUUCCAGCUCGAAUUUCCUGCAUUUUCCUGCUGGAAUGGUUUGGGAGGAAGAAAGUGCAGGGCAUUCUCCUGCUGCUGGCUGGCACAAUAUGCCUCAUCCUCACUGGCAUCCCUGAAGAACAGCCCGUGGUAAUCACUGUCCUGGCUGUUAUCGGCAAGUUCACAGCCACGGCUGCUUUCUCCACCUCCUAUGUCUACGCCGCUGAGCUCUUCCCCACCAUCCUCAGGCAGACGGGCGUGGGGCUGUGCUCGACCAUGGCGAGGGUGGCCGGGAUCCUGGCCCCGCUGAUCAUUCCCCUGGCCCAGUACCACCGGGCCAUCCCCAAAGCCAUCUUUGGGAGCAUCCCUGUGCUGGUGGCCCUGUUCUGCAUCCUGCUGCCCGAAACCCGUGGCAUUGACCUGGCAGAUGACACAGGGAACAAAGAACCUCCAGAUGAGGAGCAGAAAACUGAAGUGUCUCUCUGA